UGCCCUGCGCUUCGCAGAGUUUCUCUCGCUCUUCGCCCUUCUCUCCUUCCAGGCGCCGAGUUUCGCUCCUUGCAUUGAUGGGGAGGAGGAGGAGGAGAGCAAGAGAAGGGGAAUGGGGCGAGCUCGCUAAGGCCGGGCUUUAAAAAAUAAAAAUAAAAAAAAAAUCAAGUCGACCAGGAGGACGAAGACUUCAGAAGAAAUGUUGACAGCAACUUUUCCCACCCGGCAUUAAAAGGAUCAGCUUCGGUGCCUCCAUCCCCCGCGUGGCUUUUUUCACUUCGUUAAGAUAAAUUGGGCCGAGGAUGCAAACAAUGUUGGACACGAUCCAAAAUGCAAUCACACAGGCGGGCAAGAACCUCUUCAUAACCCUGCCCAAGCUCACUUCCGAAGAUGUUGUUAAUAUUUGGGACACCGUUUCUGAGUUUGUUGAGAAGCAACUAUCGAUGAAUAAGGGUGUCCAAAUUCCUGGCCUUGGGACAUUCUCCUUUCUUAGAGAGAAACUGCACGUUGGCACCAACAAAUGCGUCCUCCUUCAGCGGCCUGUCUUCCUUCUAUCGGAGAAACUCGCCCAGAUCCAUGGACUAAAAUUCAACAAAAUACGCAUUCCGGGUGAUAUCCCAGUUGUCCAGCUGAAUUUCAUUGUGUUGUCCCUGGACAGCCCCUUCAACAGGGAGAUGGUAGAAGGAUGUGUCCGGGAGACCCUCAUGUCUUUCUCGAGGUCCAUUGCCACCAAACAGACGGUCGAGUUCACUUUCAAAGGGAUUGGCGUCCUGAUUGUCCGAGAUAACAAGGUGAAAAUGAAGUUUUAUAAAGAUUUUCUUCACACCAUGGAUGGAAGUGGGACACUCUUAAAAGCCCUGACAAAUAGGCCAGGAACUGUGGACUCUGUAUUGUCAUCCAGGGAUACACCCACUUUACCAUUUUCCUCUUCCAACACUGCAGUGUUUCCAAGGCUUGAGGUCAAAGAAAUGGAAACCAUUGCUGAAGAAGGCGAAAAGUCGAGAAAAGAGCAGGAGCAGCUGGACAAAGAGAGCUCUAAAAAAGAAAAUACGUUCUCCAAACGUUUUCUCUCCCGCCAAGCAAUUUUUCCAGCCAAAGUGAGCGGGAUCAGUUUGACCGAGGAACUCGAGAAAAACCUGAAGCCCAAACCACCCCCUUCUUCUUCAAGGCAACCAACGCCCAUUCCGGAUGCCUUGAAGACAGAACAGGAAGUGAGCCGUACCCAAACUCCUGCAUCCAGAUCGCAGACUUCAUCUCCAAUUUGUGAUGUGCAUGGUAGGGCAGGACAGGAGAUGUGCUACGUAUGCAUGCAGCGUGCUCAGAGGAAUAUCCCUGUCUACUUGGGUGACGAACAAAGGAGGAAGGAAAAAGAGGAAGACUGCAUCCUGGCCCAGUAUCAAGCCAUAAAAGAUCACGAAGCCCUUCAGAAGGAACUGAUGAAAAUGGCGGCAUCGCGUGAGCAGAACCAGAAAGUGGCAUCUUAUAACUUGGGCAUAGCGGAAGCCAUGCGGAAACAGAAGAACGAGAAGCUGGCUGAACCUUUUAGGUCCUUCAUAUUUGAGAAGAGGCCGCCCAGUUCUACCCCUCAUGAGAAACAAGAGGAAUAUGCCCAGCAUUUGGAUAAGCAGCUGGAGUGCAGGAGAGCCAGAGACGCAAAGCAAAAACAGGAACAGGACUUCAUUGACCGCUUGCAGCAAGUUCAACUGGCAGAAGAAUUAGUUGCCCAAAGAGCAAAGUAUUUAAGAGAGAAGCUGGAAGAAAACCAAAUUUACAAGACGGCCCUUGAUACACAGAUAAAAUUAAGGCCGGCUCCCUUGCCUGAGUAUGUGCCUAAUUCAACGGAGGUCAUUUUUGGGAAGAACGACAUGAGUGAAGAGAAAAUGGAGGAGAGAAAGAAACGUGCUCGGGAAUAUUCCAAGUAUCAGUUGCAGGCCGUCGCAGACCGUAAGAGGACGGCCAUUCUUAACCAGCUGGUGGAUCAGAGGAGGGCUACCGACAUGAUUCAAAGAGCUAAGAAACAGUGGAUGGUGGAGAAGGGUGAGCGAAUGGAGAGGCUCUUCCAGAUGAACUUGGCUAUUCAAGAGGACUGGCGGAAAAGCGCAGGGCUGAAGCGACAGCGAGAUUACGAGGAGAAGCUCUUCCAGCGGGCUGGAGACAAACUUAUGCUCCUGGAUCAGUGUGCAAGAUAUCGUCGUUGUUACCAGUGCAAGAAAGGCCUGAACAAAUUCGGGGAAAACAAGAUAUGGACAGACAGUAAAUAUAUCCCUGGAUCUCGGUUAAUCGUUUGAAGCAGCACCAUUUGUUUAUGCCUUCCUUUUUUUUCUUAUAAGUGCUUUUGAAAUUGGUUUUUUUUUGAAAAGAAAGAAAAUCUGAUUGUGUGAACGUGCUUAUGAUUUGAUUCUUGUAGCCCUGUGAUAUAAAUUUCUAAUAUUUUUUUUUCUUUUCUGGUGACAAUAUGUUUUUUUGAAUUAAAGAUAUGUAUGUAUGA